GGAUGGGCUGAGAGUGGAGGGGGCCAUCCUGCUGGGCCCAUGGGAGGGGGCCCUCAGGGGAAGGCCCUUCCUGUCUCUGGGGAAUGGAACUUCCCCUUUGGACCGAGAGCAGCAGGCUCCUGGCUCCCAGCCCCACUGCUGCCCAGCCGAGCGGCCCUACAGGACACAAAGUUCCCAGGAGGUAGCUGAGCCGGGCCAGUGAUGAAGACCGUGAGGGAUGGCGUCUUAGCAUCCCUGCUGCUGCUGCUGCUGCUGUUCCUGUUUCUGCUUGAGGUCUCUUGGGCCCAAAGCAGCUGCACCGGGCACCCGGCCAUCCCCGGCAUCCCGGGCAUUCCCGGGGCACCGGGCUCUCCUGGCACACCCGGGACCCCAGGGAUAAAAGGAGAGAAAGGGCUGCCAGGGCUGGCUGGAGACCAUGGUGAGUUUGGGGAGAAGGGAGACCCAGGGAUUCCUGGGAAUCCAGGAAAAGUAGGCCCCAAGGGCCCCGUUGGCCCCAAAGGUUCCCCAGGGCCCCCCGGAGCCCGCGGCCCCAAGGGUGAAUCAGGAGACUACAAGGCCACACAGAAAAUCGCCUUCUGUGCCAAGAGGACCAUCAACAGUGCCCUUCGGCGGGACCAGGCCAUCCGCUUUGACCAGGUGAUCACCAACCUGAACAACAACUACGAAUCUCGAAGCGGCAAGUUCACCUGCAGGGUGCCCGGCAUUUACUACUUCACCUACCAUGCCAGCUCGCGAGGAAACCUCUGCGUGAACCUCAUGCGGGGCCGGGAGCAAAUGCAGAAGGUGGUUACCUUCUGCGACUACGUCCACAACACCUUCCAGGUCUCCACGGGCAGCAUGGUCCUCAAGCUGAAGCAGGGGGAGAACGUCUUCCUGCAGGCCACUGACAAGAACUCCCUGGUGGGCAUAGAAGGUGCCAACAGCAUCUUCUCUGGGUUCCUGCUCUUCCCAGAUGUGGAGGCAUGAGCUGUGGGGCUGACUGCCUCCCUCCCCAACCCCACCCCCACCAGCAAUGCUCACGUUACCCCCACCACUCCCCCACCCAGCCAAACCACACAGAAGGGCUCCAUGGAUGUUCCUGAAAGAAUGAGUAAAUAAAAUUUUCAAAGGCCAA